UCUUCUUUCUUUCUUCAACCAAAAAAAAAAAAAAAACUCUCUAAUUAUUCUUCUUCUGUAUCAAUCAAUCAAUCUCUUUCUGUUCUUAAUUUCUUCAUCUUCAUCACUCUCUUCUUUUGUUUUGUUGUGAAAGAUUUUCAUCUUGAAAAUCCUGUGUAGAAAAAAUGGAAGAACCAAUUGUUGUUAACAAAGGUGAAGAUCAAACUCUUGAUCUUCCUCCAGGUUUCAGAUUCCAUCCAACAGAUGCUGAGAUAAUUGUUUGUUAUCUCACUGAAAAGGUUAAAAAUAGCAAAUUCAGUGCAACUGCUAUUGGUGAAGCUGAUUUGAACAAGUGUGAACCUUGGGACUUACCAAAGAAAGCAAAGAUGGGAGAGAAAGAAUGGUACUUUUUUUGUCAGAAAGAUAGAAAAUAUCCAACAGGUAUGAGAACAAAUAGAGCAACUGAAUCUGGUUACUGGAAAGCUACAGGAAAAGACAAAGAGAUUUAUCACAAAGGAAAAGGAAUCCAAAACCUUGUUGGUAUGAAGAAGACUCUUGUGUUCUAUAAAGGAAGAGCUCCAAAAGGAGAGAAGACUAAUUGGGUUAUGCAUGAAUUCAGAUUGGAAGGCAAAUUUGCAACUCACAAUCUUCCCAACAAAGAAAAGGAUGAAUGGGUUGUGUCAAGGGUUUUUCACAAGAACACAGAUGUUAAAAAACCUCAAAUUUCUUCUGGUCUUUUAAGGAUAAACUCAAUUGGUCAUGAUGAUCUUCUUGAUUAUUCUUCACUUCCACCUCUCAUGGAUCCUUCUUACACAAAUGAUGAUUUCAAAGGAAUUACCACAAAUCAACAAAUUUCAUCAACUAAAUCACAAUCAGAUGGAUAUUAUCUUCCAAGCUUCUCCAUCAACAAUAAUCAACAUCAAUUUCUCAUCAAGCCAGAAGAUAAUUACCAUAGAAUCAACUAUGAUCAACAUGAGAUUAAUCCAACCAUGAUGAACUACACUUCCAUUUCCAACCAAUCCAAUCUCAACAACCCAAUUGGAAACACUUUACCACAACCUCAAAUCCGAAUCCAAAAUCCAAACUUGAACUACUUUAUGUAUCAAAAUAGGAUGCAAAGUUCCAUGCCAACAAAUGUUUAUGGCUCAGGUAAGAAUAAUGAGUGCAAGGUGGAACAAUUCUCUUCAAACCAAUCACAAGAUACAGGUCUCAGCAAUGACACUUCAUCGGCUGUAUCGAAACUAGACAUGGAAAGGAAUAGGGCAUUGUAUGAUGAUCUUGAAGGUCCUUCAUCAGUUGCACCUCUCUCAGAUUUGGAUAGUUUUUGGGACUAUUGAAGUUGAAGAAUCUUGAAGAAGAUGAUGAGAGGAAUUGAAGAUAUAGUUUGCGAUCCAUGGCUUUUUUUAUCUUGGGAUCAUAAGCAUCAUAGAUAUAGUAGUUGCAUACCAAAUUAUAUAUGUUUUGUUUGUUUUUUAUUAUAAAAAAAAAUACUGAUUUAUUUACAUUUAUAUUAUAAACAUUAUUAGGAAUCAUAGGAAAGUUCUUGGAUAUACAUAUAGUGUAUAGAUUUAUGAUGAUAUCCAAGACUUUUCAGUGUUAAUUAGUUUAUUAUUAUUAUUAUUCAUAGAUUUUAUCGAGAGGACUUGAAAAAUCAUGUACAUCUUCUAUAUUCUUUUGUUA